UUUGGCGCACAGCUUGCUGGGAGAGAGUAAGGGGCGGGCCAAGUCCAAUGGGUGCUGGCUUUGGAGGAGGAAGAGGGGGAGCAGGAAAGCGUCCAGAAGGUGGAGGUGAACUCUAGGCCUCAUUCAUUACCUCUGUCUAGUGGGCCCCAGGGCCUUGUGUUCCAGGAGCCAUGGAGGCGCUGAUUCCAGUUAUCAACAAGCUCCAGGACGUCUUUAACACCGUGGGCGCCGACAUUAUCCAGCUACCCCAGAUCGUCGUAGUUGGAACCCAGAGCAGUGGAAAAAGCUCAGUACUAGAAAGCCUUGUAGGGAGGGACCUACUCCCCAGAGGUACUGGAGUUGUCACUAGGAGACCCCUUAUCCUACAGCUGGUCCAUGUUUCACAAGAAGAUAGAGGAAAAACAUCUGGAGAUGAAAAUGACCCUGCAACAUGGAAAAAUCCAAGGCACCUUUCUAAAGGUAUUCAAGCAGAAGAGUGGGGUAAAUUUCUGCAUACUAAAAAUAAGCUAUACACUGAUUUUGAUGAAAUCCGACAAGAAAUUGAAAAUGAAACAGAGAGGAUUUCAGGAAAUAAUAAGGGGGUCAGUCCUGAACCUAUUCAUCUUAAAAUUUUUUCACCUAAUGUUGUAAAUCUGACUCUUGUGGAUUUGCCAGGUAUGACAAAGGUACCUGUAGGUGAUCAGCCAAAGGAUAUUGAACUUCAAAUCAGAGAACUCAUCCUUCGUUUCAUUAGUAACCCUAAUUCCAUUAUUCUGGCUGUCACUGCUGCUAAUACAGAUAUGGCAACAUCAGAGGCUCUUAAAAUUUCAAGAGAGGUAGAUCCAGAUGGUCGUAGAACUCUUGCUGUUAUCACUAAACUAGAUCUCAUGGAUGCUGGUACUGAUGCAAUGGAUGUGUUGAUGGGUAGAGUCAUACCAGUUAAACUUGGCAUAAUUGGAGUGGUAAAUAGGAGCCAACUGGAUAUUAACAAUAAGAAGUGUGUAUCUGAUUCUAUCCGUGAUGAAUAUGCUUUUCUUCAAAAGAAAUAUCCAUCGUUAGCUAAUAGAAAUGGAACAAAAUAUCUUGCUAGGACACUGAAUAGGUUAUUGAUGCACCACAUUAGGGAUUGCUUGCCAGAACUGAAAACAAGAAUAAAUGUUUUAGCUGCUCAGUACCAGUCUCUCCUAAAUAGCUAUGGUGAACCUGUGGAUGACAAGAGUGCUACUUUAUUGCAGCUAAUUACUAAAUUUGCCACAGAAUAUUGUAACACAAUUGAAGGAACUGCAAAAUACAUAGAGACUUCUGAGCUAUGUGGUGGUGCUAGAAUAUGUUAUAUUUUCCAUGAAACCUUUGGGAGAACAUUAGAGUCUGUUGACCCUCUGGGUGGCCUUAAUACAAUUGAUAUUUUGACUGCCAUUAGAAAUGCUACUGGGCCCCGUCCCGCUUUAUUUGUACCUGAGGUUUCAUUUGAAUUAUUAGUGAAGAGGCAAAUCAAACGAUUAGAGGAGCCCAGCCUUCGUUGUGUCGAGCUUGUUCAUGAGGAAAUGCAAAGAAUUAUUCAGCAUUGUAGCAAUUACAGUACACAGGAAUUGCUGAGGUUUCCCAAACUUCAUGAUGCCAUAGUUGAAGUAGUUACUUGUCUUCUUCGUAAGAGGUUACCAGUUACAAAUGAAAUGGUUCAUAACUUAGUUGCGAUUGAAUUGGCCUACAUCAACACUAAACAUCCAGACUUUGCUGAUGCCUGUGGGCUAAUGAACAAUAAUAUAGAGGAACAAAGGAGAAAUAGAUUAGCAAGAGAGUUACCUUCAACAAUUCCACGGGACAAGUCUUCUAAAGUUCCAGGUACUUUGGCACCUGCCUCCCAGGAGCCCCCUACUGCUGCUUCUGCUGAGGCUGAUGGCAAGUUAAUUCAGGAAAACAGAAGAGAAACUAAACAAAUGGUCCCUGUAGGUGGUAUAGGCGAUGCAGCUCAAGAACCAGCAACAGGCAACUGGAGAGGAAUGCUGAAAACCUCAAAAGCUGAAGAACUGUUAGCUGAAGAAAAAUCAAAGCCACUUCCUAUUAUACCAGCCAGUCCACAAAAAGGCCAUGCUGUGAAUUUAUUGGAUGUGCCUGUGCCAGUUGCACGUAAACUAUCUGCCCGGGAACAGCGAGAUUGUGAGGUUAUUGAAAGACUUAUAAAAUCAUAUUUUCUUAUUGUCAGGAAGAAUAUACAAGACAGUGUGCCAAAGGCAGUAAUGCACUUUUUAGUCAAUCACGUGAAGGAUACUCUUCAGAGUGAGUUAGUAGGACAGCUAUACAAAUCAUUGUUACUGGAUGAUCUUCUGACUGAAUCUGAGGACAUGGCCCAGAGAAGAAAGGAAGCAGCUGAUAUGUUAAAGGCAUUACAGCGAGCCAGUCAGAUAAUUGCUGAAAUUCGAGAAACUCAUCUUUGGUGAAGAAAUGUACCAGGCAUUUAUAUAGAUGAAGAUGUUGAAAUGACUUAUAAUAGUUACUGCAAACUUUACUGAGCGUCAUUUAUGAAUUCUUCUUCUGUAUGUAAUCUGCUGCAAAAAUUUUUGAGACAAAAAGUUUUGCAGAAAAAACAUAGAUAUUAAAUAUGAAUAGUUGGUUUCCUGAAAAUGUUCCAUGUGUGUAUAUGUAUUGUUUUGUGUGUGUGUUUCUGAAGUCAGUUUAGCUAUAAACUGAUUUUAUUAUAAGCGGCUUCAAGCAAACAUAGCCCUUUGAGAAGAUAUAGCUACAGGUUAUUUUGUUUGACUGUAAAGCAUGUGUUUUUACAUAUAUCAAUUGUUCUGGCUCUGAUAGGAUAUGCAAGUUGAUAAGUAUUUGUCAUAGAUUUAGAGUCCAUAUUUCUUCAAAAAAUUGUCUUUAAGCUUCUCAACUUUAUUUUCAAAAUGGUUUGGAUUAGUUUACAAGAAAGCUAAAAGUUAAAUGUUGUUGAUGUAUUCUAACUCUGGGAACAAAAGUGCUUUGUCCCAUUGCUUUAAAAAAUGUGCAAAUAUUAAAUUUUGACUUUUAAAAAAUUCA